AUGGACGCUCAAAGACAAGACAUUGGCCCGGCCGCGUCUCAAGCCGAUGGCCCGGCCCCCGAGCACAAAGGCAAGACCGACAUCGAGGCUGCUCCUCGCUCACCCAACCAUAGCAUGGACGACGCCUCCAGCGACGCUGCCCUCAUCAACUUCAAGUCCCUGUCUUGGUGGAAAGGUGGUAUUAUCCUCAUCGCCGAAACCGUCUCGCUCGGAAUUCUGUCCCUCCCCUCUGUCGUCGCCACCCUCGGCCUCGCACCCGGCAUCGUUCUCAUUCUCGUCAUGAGCUUUCUCUCCACAUACUCGGGUCUCAUGCUCGGCGAGUUCCAAAAAGAGUACCCCUUUGUCGAAAACUUUGGCGAUGCCGUCGAGGUCAUUGGCCGAACCAUGGGCUCCGUUGGCCUCUUUGGUUACAACAUCACCUUUGCCCGCAUCUUCCAGGAGGUCUUUGGCUGGGCACAGGUCAUCUUCCAAGUCUUCGUCAUGGGUGCCCAUCUCCUCACCUGGACCAUUUGCCUCAACGCCCUCUCCGACCACGCUGCCUGCACCAUAGUUUGGGCCGUCGUCGGUCUGGCCGUCUUCUGGGUCCUCAACCUCCCCCGUACCCUCCGACACACCAGCUGGAUGUCCAUGGCCUCGUGCAUAUCAAUCACCGUUGCCACCCUCAUGACAGUCGGCGAUGUCGCCAGCAGUAAGCCUAUCGGUGCCACCACUUUCCAGGUCAGCAGAGAGAUUGGCUUCACAUCGGCCUUCUUGGCUGUUACCAACAUUGCCGUCGCCUUUUCCAGCCACUCUUGCUUCUUUGGUGUCAUUGGCGAGUUUGAGAAGCCCGAGGACUGGCCCAAGGCUCUCGCCCUCCUCCAGAUUGUCGACACCUCCCUGUACCUCAUUGCUGCCAUUGUCAUCUACUACUACAUCGGCCCUGGUGUGCCCUCCCCCGCUCUCUCUGCCGCUGGCUCCGACACGAUGCGCAAGGCUAUCUGGGGUGUUGCUAUUCCCACCAUUGUCAUCGCCGGCGUCAUUUACGGCCACGUCGCUGGCAAGUACGUCUUUAACCGCAUGUUUAAGAACAGCAAGCAUCUUGUCCGCCGCACUUUUGUCUCCAUUCUCGGUUGGUCCGGCAUGACUCUUGCCAUGUGGGCCAUUGCUCUCAUCAUUGCCGAGUCCAUUCCCGUUUUCAACUCGUUGCUCGGCAUCCUUGCCGCCCUCUUCGUCUCGUGGUUCUCGUACGGCCUUCCCGGCAUCUUUUGGCUGUGGAUGCGCAAGGGCUCCUGGUUCAGCACCCGCGCCCGCACCUUUGCAUUUGUCGCCAACGUCUUGCUCGUCGUCACCGGCACCAUGCUCUGUGUCCUUGGUCUCUGGGCUUCCGUCGAGGCCAUUGCCAACGAAAAGGGUACUAAGCCCUGGUCUUGCGCCAACAAUGCCCCCAAGUCCUUUGACGAGAUAGUUAGGGGGGCCGCAAACGAGUCACUAUAG